CCAAGCCUAAAAGGCCGAGCUGGGGGCGGCGCGCCCCACAUUGGCCGUCCCGCCGUCGCCAUGCCGCCCUACACCAUCGUCUACUUCCCCGUCAGAGGCCGCUGCGAGGCCACCCGCAUGCUGCUGGCAGACCAGGGCCUGCCCUGGAAGGAGGAGGUGGUCACCAUCGAGGCCUGGAUGAAGGGCGAGGUCAAGGCCGGCUGUCUGUACGGGCAGCUGCCCAAGUUCCUGGACGGAGACCUGACCCUGUUCCAGUCCAACGCCAUCCUCCGGCACCUGGGCCGCUCGCACGGGCUGUACGGGAAGGACACCCGGGAAGCGGCCCUGAUCGACAUGGUGAACGACGGGGUGGAGGAUCUGCGCCUGCGCUACGUGCGCCUCAUCUACCAGAAUUACGAGGACGGCAAGGAUCAGUACGUGAAGGAACUGCCCGCCCAGCUACGACCCUUCGAGGAGCUGCUGGCCCGGAACCAGGCGGGAAAAGCGUUUAUCGUAGGGGACCAGAUCUCCUUCGCGGACUACAGCCUGCUGGACGUGCUGCUGAACCACGAGGUCCUCGCCCCUGGCUGCCUGGCCUCCUUCCCGCUGCUGCAGGCCUACGUGAAGCGACUCUCCGCCCGCCCGAAGCUCCAGGCCUUCCUGGCCUCGCCUCAGCACCUGAAUCUGCCCAUCAACGGCAAUGGCAAACAGUGAGGGCCCACCGGGCCCUCCACCUGGGUCCCCAGGUGCCACCCGCAUCCCGCCCGGCCUCAAGGCAACCAAUAAAAGUUUUCAAAGAUCAUAA